AUGACUACAACAACAAAAUCAAAUAAUAUAGUUGGCACCACCACUAUCAAUAGUAAUAAUACCAAUAAUAGCAAUAACAACAACAAUAAUAAUAAUACAUCAACAUGCAAACACAUAAUAGAUUAUAAAGAUAAUGGUGGCAGUAACAGAUUUAAUAUAGUUCAAAAUUAUAUAUAUUCAAUAAAAAUGAAAUUAUUAGAUACUACUCAAUUACCGACACCAUAUUGUUUAGAGUGUGGAAGUUUUAAUGGACGUAUACAUAUAUGUUUACAUUGUGUACAUGCCUCGUGUUGGAAAGCAGGUCAUAUUCAGCAACAUUUCAACGAAAAUAAUGGACAUUUUUUAGCGGUCGAUUUUAAUUUAAACCAAAUUUAUUGUCAUCAUUGUCGAGAUUAUAUAUACGAUAAGGAAUUUGAAGAAAUUAGAGAAAAUGUCAAAUUAAAUAUAACAAUUAAUUUGCAAGAUGUUAAAAAUCCAUCAACAAAACGUAUAAAAUAUAAAAGUUGGAAACCUUCAGAUGAAGAAUUUCAAUUUAUAAAGCAAAAUUCAGAUAUUAUCGAUUACUCGAAUCCCAUCAUAGGUUUAAGAGGAUUAAAUAAUUUAGGAAAUACGUGUUUUAUGAAUUCAAUAUUGCAAUCAUAUAUUCAUAAUCCAUUAUUAAGAAAUUAUUUUUUAAGUGAUAUGCAUAAAUGUGAAAAAAAGAAAAAUUUAAAUAAUUAUAAUUAUAAUUAUAAUAAUAAUAAUAAUAAUAAUAAUGUAAAUAGUAAUAGUAAUUUAGUUGAGAAUGGUAUACAUAUUAAACAAGAACCAAUUGAUUCCGAUGAACAAUCUCAACAAAACAAUAAUAAUAAUAAUAAUAGUUUAUAUGAAAAUAAUAAUUCAAAAAUUUGUUUAGGAUGCGAAAUGGAUAAAUUAUAUACACAAAUAUUUAGUGGGUUAAAGAUUCCAUUUACACCUCAUCAUUUUCUAUAUAGUUGUUGGAAUUAUUCAAGUUAUUUUGUAGGUUACGAACAGCAGGAUGCACAUGAAUUCUUUAUAUCAUCACUGAAUGGUAUUCAUUCUCAUUGUGGUGGUACAACCGGAAAAGAUUGUAAUUGUAUUGUUCACUGUACAUUUGGUGGUUCUUUAAAAUCGGAAGUAGCGUGUCUUCAUUGUCAAUUCACAAGUUCAACUUCAGAUCCAUUCAUAGAUAUUUCAUUAGAUAUACCAAAAUCAAGAGAUCUAGCUAAUGGUAAUGGUAGUGCUAAAACAACUCCAACUAAAUCUGAUGCAAAUAAUGACGACGAUAAUAACAGUGAAAAUUUAGAAAAUGGUAAUGGUAUCAUUAGCGGUAAUGGUUAUCAUCAUCAUCAAGGUAAUACUUUGUUAGCUUGUUUAGAAAGAUUUACACAACCAGAAAAAUUGGACGAAAAAUAUUUUUGUAGAAAUUGCAAUUGUAAACAAGAAUCAACUAAACAGCUUUCCUUUGAUAUUUUACCUGUAGUAAUUUGUUUCCAUUUAAAAAGAUUUGAGCAAUCAAAAUCAAAUAGAAGAACCCAUAAAAUUGACACAUUUAUAGAAUUCCCAAUAACAAUCGAUAUGACACCAUAUACAACAAUAGCUAGAAAAAAAAACAAAUUGAAGCUUCAAAAACAAGAGACUGAAGAAUUAAAUAAAAAUAAUAACAGUAGUGAUAAUGAUAAUAAUAAUAAUAACAAUAAUGAAGAAUCAAAUAAUAGUAAAAAAAGAAAAAAUAGAGAUGAGAGUGACAGCUCAUUCAUUUACGAAUUAUUUGCAGUUGUAAAUCACACAGGUAAAAUUGACUCUGGUCACUAUACAUGUUUUGUUAAACAUCAUGACAAUUGGUAUAAAUGUGAUGAUUCAAUGAUUAGUAGUACUACAAUACAUAAUGUAUUGAAAUCAAAAGGUUAUCUUUUAUAUUAUUUAAAGAAACAAUUAGAAUAUACAAAAUAA